AUGUCUCUGUAUGGUAUGAGGUAUGAGGUGCGUGUGGAGGCGUGUACCCUGCUGGGCUGUGCUGCCAGUGACUGGGCCUCAGUGCUGACUCUGGAGUCGCCCCCUGCUGGUCAGCCUGCGCCGCUGCUGGAGCUGCAGCCGGAUCCCGAGGGCAUCCAGACGGUGUUCCUGCUGUCCUGGUCUCCCCCGGCAACGCCCAACGGCCGGCUGCUGCACUACGAGCUGCUGCGGAGGGAGGUCCUCCAGGGAGAGGCCGUCACCUCGGCCGUCAGGGUCUACCACAACGCCUCCGCCAGCUACCGCGACACCAACCUCACGCCCUACACCGCAUACGAGUACCAGGUCUAUACCGACACCAACCUCACGCCCGACACCAACCUCACGCCCGACACCGCAUACGAGUACCAGGUCUGCAUCAACCUCACGCCAACCUCACGCCCUACACCGCAUACGAGUACCAGGUCUAUACCGACGCCAACCUCACGCCAACCUCACACCCGACGCCAACCUCACGCCCUACACCGCAUACGAGUACCAGGUCUGCAUCAACCUCACGCCAACCUCACGCCCUACACCGCAUACGAGUACCAGGUCUAUACCGACACCAACCUCACGCCCGACACCAACCUCACGCCCUACACCGCAUACGAGUACCAGGUCUAUACCGACGCCAACCUCACGCCCUACAACGCAUACGAGUACCAGGUCUAUACCGACACCAACCUCACACCAACCUCACACCCUACACCGCAUACGACAACCUCACGCCCUACACCGCACACGAGUACCAGGUCUGCACCAACCUCACACCAACCUCACGCCCUACACCGCAUACGAGUACCAGGUCUAUACCGACACCAACCUCACACCAACCUCACGCCCUACACCGCAUACGAGUACCAGGUGUGGUCUGUGAACUCUGUGGGGCGCGCGGGGAGCCCCUGGGCACGGGGUCGCACCGGUCCUGCCCCCCCCGAGGGCAUCGGGGCCCCCGCCUUCCUGCGCGUGCACGCCACCUCCGCAGUGGUGGACAUCAGCCCCCCCGCACGACCCAACGGCAUCGUCAGCCUCUACAGGGUCUUCGCCCGGACCAAGGACACGGACCUGCUGCUGUCUGAGGGCACGUCCCGUCAGCAGACCCUGCACGGCCUGCUCCCCUUCACCGUGUACUCCGUGGGGGUGGAGGCCUGCACCUGCUUCCUGUGCUGCAGCCGCGGGCCCCUGACGGAGCUGCGCACCCAGGCCUCCGCCCCCACCCAGCAGCCCCCCCCGCGCCCCGUCGCCCUCACCUCACGCUCCGCCCUGGUCGAGUGGGACGAGCCCCUGCACCCCAACGGCAUCAUCGAGAGCUGUGAGCUGCACCUGCGGACGUCCUGCCCCCAGCCGCUGCAGCCGCUGCCCCAGGUGUGCUCUCAGGGCCCCGUGGAGACGCGCUUCUUUGGCAAGGGCCACGCCUUCAACGUCAGCGGCCUGCUGCCCUACGCCGCCUACGGCCUGCGCGUCGUCUCCUUCAACAACAUGGGCAGCACCGGCUCCAGCUGGGUCACCAUCAACACCCUCAAAGAGGGUAAGGAGAGCCUACCACACACACACACACACACACAUUACUCGUCUCCUUCAACAACAUGGGCAGCACCGGCUCCAGCUGGCACCGGCUCCAGCUGGGUCACCAUCAACACCCUCAAAGAGGCCCCCCAGUAUAAGGAGGCGUUCGUGAUCCAGAGUAACCUGACUGCGGUGUUCCUGGACUGGAGUCGGUCCUUCUCCCUGAACGGGCCCCUGAGAGACUACAUGCUGACAGAGGGCGGCCAUCUUCUCUACAGCGGCUUCCACAACGCCCUGCAUGUGCCACGCACAUCAGACAAGACCUUUGCCUUCCAGGUCACCUGCACCACAGACGCUGGCAGCAUCAGCUCCCCCAUCAUCAGAUAUAACUCCGCCACGGGUGUGGGCCCCGUCCAGCCCACCGACGGGGGGAAGACGGGGCUCCACGGCGUGCCGUACCCCUUCCACACGGAGCUGUGGUUCAUCAUCCUCAUGAGCCUAGUGGGCCUGUUCCUGCUGGCGCUGCUGGUGGGCCUGGUGCUCAGGAAGGCCCUCAGGAAGGCCCCCUUCGCUCGAGAGCGCCCCCCUCUGGUGCCCCUGCAGAAGAGGACCCCGAGCUACCCCGCCGGCGACUCCUACCUGAAGCCCUGUCCUAAACAUGCCUCUAGCCACAGGCCAUCUAUCAGUAAGCCCAAGGGCUUCGUGGACACCAAGAUAGGCGGUACCCCCUCUCGUUCAGGUCGCCAUGGAUACCCGACCACCAUGUCUGUGCUGCGCGUGCCGGCCCAGGCCCAGCUGAGCCACGGGUACUCCCAGAAUUCCCUGCACCGCAGCGUCAGUCAGCUGAUUGACACCACGGACAGGAAGUCCCUGAUGGACGACGGGGUGUGGAACACUGAGGUGCAGGGCACAGACAGUGGCAUGUUCAUCGGAGACGAGGAGCUUGUGGAAACCAUCAAAGGGCUCAGCUCUGUGGGAUCAGUCAGGAAGGAACACACCAUGUUUACAGACACCCACCUGUGAUCGGGAACACACACCCUGGUGGACACACACACACAUACUCAGACUUACAUUAUAUCACAUAUACUGUAUACGCACAUACAAAC